CAAACCCGUCUUCCUACUUCCCCCUUGGUUACCCCCCUGAGAUGGGCGCACCUCUGCCCCUCCUCCGCCUCUCCUCCGCCGCCGCCGCCGCCGCCGCCGCCGCCCUCCUCCUCCUUCUUCUCCUCCAUCUCCCCCCCACCGCCGCUGCCGCCGCCGCCCUCAACUUCUCCUUCCCCUCCUUUGAUAUAUCCGAGGCCCACACCAACCUCACCAUGGUUGACGACGCCAACAUCAACCAGGGCGCCCUCCAGCUCACCCCCGACACCCUCAACAGCGUCGAAUACCUCGUCAACAAGUCCGGCCGCGUCCUUCUCAGCCACUCUUUUACCCUGUGGCGAGACCUCCCCGCUCCCUCCACCAAUUCCACCACCAUCGCCGACGCCGACGCAGCCGGCAGCGGCGGCAAGCACGUCGCCUCCUUCAACACGACGUUCUCCAUCAACGUCUACCGCGUCGACAACGCCACACCCGGCGAGGGCUUGGCCUUCAUCAUCGCCCCGGAGCUCGACAUGCCCGCCCGCAGCGAUGCCGGCUUCCUCGGCCUCACCAACGCCACCCUCAACGGCGACCCCAACAACCACCUCGUCGCCGUCGAGUUCGACACCUUCAAGCAGCCCUACGACCCCGACAACAACCACGUCGGCCUCGACAUCAACAACGUCUCCUCCAUCGCCUACGCCUCGCUGACCCCGUUCGGCAUCCAAAUCGCUCCAUCCGUCGCCACCAACUACACCAUCUGGAUCGACUACGAUGGCGGCGACCGCCACAUCUGGGUCUACAUGGCGGUCCAGGGCAAGCCGAAGCCGAGCUUCUCCGUGCUUAAUUCGUCGCUCGACCUCGGCGCCCACCUUCUUAGAGAGUCGUACUUUGGCUUCUCGGCCUCUACCGGGAGCGAGUACCAGCUCAACUGCAUUCUCUCUUGGAGUCUAACCGUCGAGGAUCUCUCUGAAGGCAAUGAUGGUAGCAGCGGCUGGCCUGCCUGGAAGUUCGCCGUGGCGAUCGGUGUUCCGGCGGCGGCCGCCUUGGUACUAGGCCUCCUGGUGUUCUUUUAUAUGAGGAGGCGCCCGGUGGGGGACGACCCCAGCUUGUUGAUUGACAAGUUGAAGAGUCUGCCGGGGCAACCAAAGGAGUUCAUGUUUGAUGAGCUAAAGAAAGCUACGAAUAACUUUGAUGAGAAAUUGAAGCUUGGACAAGGGGGAUUUGGGAUGGUGUACAAGGGAGUGCUGCCGGGGGACAACCCGGGAGAGAAGAUUGAGGUGGCCGUGAAGAAGUUUUCGAGGGAGAACAGCAAGGGUGGUCAAGACGACUUCAUUCACGAGCUCAGUAUCAUCAAUCGCCUCCGCCACAAGCAUCUCGUCCGUUUAGUUGGGUGGUGUCAUAAGAUUGGUGUUCUGCUCUUGGUGUAUGAUUACAUGCCGAACGGCAGCCUAGACCAGCACCUGUUCGGCGGCGACGACAGGCCUCUGCUCAGCUGGGAGCGGCGCUACAACAUCAUCGCCGGCGUGGCCUCGGCCCUCCACUACCUCCACAACGAGUACGACCAAAAGGUGGUGCACCGCGACCUGAAGGCCUCCAACGUCAUGCUGGACGCCGCCUUCCACGCCCGCCUCGGCGACUUCGGCCUCGCCCGCGCCAUCGACAUCGACAAGACCUCCUACACCGAGCGCGAGCUCGGCGGGGUCCCAGGCACCAUGGGCUACAUCGCCCCGGAGUGCUUCCACACCGGCCGCGCCACCCGGGAGUCCGACGUCUUCGCCUUCGGCGCCGUCGUCCUCGAGACCGUCUGCGGGCGCCGCCCCCGCUGCGACGUCGCCGGAUUCCAGUUCCUCGCCGACUGGGUCUGGAAGCUAUACCGGGAGCGCCGCCUCCUCGACGCCGUGGACCCCCGCCUCGCCUACGCCGACGAUUACGUGGCCGCCGACGUCGAGCGGCUCCUCCUGCUCGGGUUGGCGUGCAGCCUCCCCACCCCGGCGGAUCGGCCGAAGACGGCGACGAUAGUCCAGAUCAUAUCCCGGUCGGUGGAUCCGCCGGCGGUUCCCCCGUUCAAGCCGCCGUUCGUGUGGCCGGCGGCGGGGCCCAUCGACGACGAGGGGGCGGAGGACGGGGAGUCGAGUAGGUUGACCAGCACCGUGGUGACGUCGUCCUACUGUCCGUCAUCCUCGGGGUGGACCCCACGGUAUAUCAGCACGGAGGGACACGUGGAAGCCAGCGAUGCCCUGGUGUGACGUUCCAUGGUUCUAAAAAUGCAUAAAUAGAGGAAGGUAGAGAAGACCGACCGAUCCACCUUUAAUUUUAUCUUAUUUUAUUAUGGGGAGAAAAGGAUGGGCCGUGAUUCCCCGAGGGCUCGGCAUAGGCUGGCUCGGUGUAGUUAGAAAAAAUGUUUUGGGUCCAUGUGUGCGAGCUGCCAACUUUCUUUUCUAAUUUUUCUAUUUUCCUCUUUUGUGUCCCUUUUUCUUUGUUUGUUUCUGUUUGUUGGCUUCAAAUUUGGAAUCUUUUCAUCAAUUUUGAUGAGAGGAUCCUAAGUUUUCUAGUUAAAUGCUUAAUUAUAAGUAUGGUCCUUGUAACAUUAUAUUAAUGUCUUCCAUGUACAAACCAUUCAUUGUAUUCAAACAUAGUGUGAUCUGUAUAAUAUUUUAUUAUGGCUCAUCAAGCAAUUAUAAA